AUGGACGUUGACUACCUUCGUCUGGCUACCUAUGGCUCGGCGACGCUCAUGGGCGCUUACAUUCUGAAGAAGAUGCUAUUUGCCCCGAACCUUGAUUCGAUACCGGCAAUUGGGCCCUCCGGAACGUUCUCGUCCUACGUUGGCGCGUAUAGGUACCUCGUCAACGCAAAGGCGAUGAUUGAGGAAGGUUGCUCGAAAUAUCGUGUGUUUCGUGUGCCCCUCAUGCAUCGCUGGGACGUUAUCAUCUGCGGGAGUGACCUUGUUGAGGAGUUGCGAGCGUCCAAAGAAGAAGACCUCUCAAUUAGAGAGGCAUUCAAUGAAAUCCUACAAACCAACAUGACCAUGGGCCCAAACAUCCUCGGCAACCCUUACCAUAUUUCGGUCACUCGUGUUGGUAUGACGAAGAAUCUCGAUGCGCGAUUCGCCGAGGUUCGCGAUGAAAUUCGAACCACCUUUGAAGAUCAUCUGAAGCUGGAAGGCAAUGAGUGGAAAUCCGUCCCCGUUCAAGCUACGGUAAUGCAAGUCAUCUGCCGAACCAGCAACAGACUCUUCGUUGGACUCCCAUUGUGUCGUAAUCCGGAAUACUUGAACAUUAAUUUCGAGUUCACUAUCAGUGUGGUUAUGGCUGCACAUAUGAUCAACAUGAUGCCUGGCUUCCUUCGUCCAAUCCUUGGUCCUUUCCUGUCUCCCCUGAAACGCUAUAUCCGGCGCACCGAGAAGCACUUGACGAAACUCGUAACGGAACGCGUUGAAAUGGAGCUUGAAAAUGGAAACGACUAUCCUGGUAGGCCUAACGACUUGAUCAGCUGGCUCCUCGACGUUGCCGAAGGCGAAGAACGAACUGUCCCUUUCCUCGUUCAACGCAUUCUCGUCAUCAAUUUUGGAGCCAUCCACACCUCGGCCAAUACGUUCAGCCAUGCACUACUUGACUUGGCUGCGUUCCCCGAGUCUGUCGAGGAGAUGCGUGAAGAGGCUGAAAUGAUCAUCGCAAAAGAGGGGUGGUCAAAAGAGUCCGUCGGAAAGAUGCACAAGAUCGACAGUUUCCUCCGUGAAUCACAGCGCUACAACGGAAAUAGCAUUACCUCGAUGGGACGGAAAGUCGUCAAGCCCGAAGGUUUCACAUUCUCUGAUGGUACUACUGUCCCGGCAGGAUGUUUCGUCAAUGUAGCGACUGGCCCGACCCAUCAUAAUCCUGCUGUUUACGCCAAUCCCGAAUCAUUUGAUCCCUUCCGCUUCUAUAGAUGGCGAUUGGCGGAUGAUGAAGGGUCUCUGAAGCACCAAUACUCUGCGACUAACUUGGACUACCUUUCGUGGGGCCAUGGUCGACAUGCCUGCCCGGGGCGCUUCUUCGCGGCGACCGAACUGAAGGCAAUGCUGGCACACGUUCUCCUGAAUUAUGAUGUGAAGCUUGAGCAUGAGGAGGUUGGAAGGCCGCCGCAUACAUGGUUUGGGGCGAUUUGUAUACCCAACCGGACGGCACAAGUGAUGUUCAGGAAACGGCAGUUUAAGAGGUCAAUGGACGUGUAUUAG